AUGGACUCCCCCUUCCAUCCUUCUAGACAAUCGUCCAGCAAUUUCAAUAACCACAACAAUUUCGCAUUCCCAGCAGAGCCGCCGCAAAGCCGUGGGCACGCUGUGCUUUCGCAAAGUCCUUUUCAGAAUGCAUCCCCACCUCGACGGGCGCCUGUGACUACGACCUCGACUUCGAGCACCUCACCCGAAUCUCGACGACCCGCGGCGCAUGCGCAUCGACGUUCGAAUAGUCUGACUGGUAUGAACCAAGGCGUGGGAAAUCUCAAUCGCUGGUCUAAAUCCUCAGUCUCCAGCGCAGGCAGCACCCAACCCACGCAUAAAAGAUCCAAUUCCGCACGGAGAGUGUCAUUGUCUGGCUCGACUACUUUCCUACUGGGUGCCGAUACUACCUCACCCCCAAGAAAGUUGCAUAAGCACCGCCCAUCCACCGCGAUUUCACCGCAGUCUCAAUUUGCGCGCUCGAAUUUGGAUUCGACUCUUACACUUCCGCCCAUCCUUACCCUGCCGAGUUUGCAGACGUCGGUGAACAAUUCCUCUCCAUUGACUGGCCCUACAACUCCUUCGCCAUCGACUGCUGCAAUACUAUCAGCUGCUGUGCGUACGACUGUGCCGGACUAUUUUGGGAGGGCUUGGGAUGAAUCAGCACCAAGGGGUUUUGCGGCGAAUAUAGAUCCGGCAGCUGCUGUAUCACUCGACGUGGAAAACGAUAAACCCCCGGUAGGAGAAAGACUGAGAUCCCGGAAGGGCCAUUCCAGGAGUAGUGACCAACCUGGAAAGGGUAGUAGUAGCACAAACUCGAACGGAAAUUUCAAGCAGCCCUCUCAGAAAGCCAUGCUUUCCAAAGCUCUCCAGAAGGCGAAUACGGCCGUAUUGCUUGACAAUGCGCAAAACUUCGAGGGUGCUAUGCAUGCGUAUUCAGAGGCCUGCGCGCUGUUGCAGCAAGUAAUGAUCCGCAGCUCUGGCGACGAGGAUAGGCGGAAGUUGGAAGCAAUUCGCAACACUUAUACAAGCCGAAUCAGCGAAUUGAAGAAGAUCACGCCUGAACUGCUAGAUGACGGUAGCAAAGCAUUGCCCCAAAGACCUGAAAGUGAAGGGCGUAGAGUUGAGGAGCUCACACUGCAGGAUGAGGACGAGGAACCUGCAAUCAUCGAAACUGCAACCGUGACGAGGAUUGUGAACGAUCAGUCCUACAUUACUGAACCCGACCAAGCUAGAUCAGUACCAACUUCACAUCUACCGGCACGGAGAGAGUCUUUAUUACCAUCCGCAUUGGGAUCAAUGCCAUACCGGGGAAAUAGCGCAUUUAGUGAAUAUGACAGGUCACAGUCUAAAUCUCCUAUGAAAAUGCGCAUAAAGGAGACUAACAGCAACCUUGCUCCACCUAUGGAGAGCCUUUACAUGCCUCCACCACUUUCUCCACGCCGUCCAACGUCUCCCAUGAACCAUGCGCCUCAAACUAAUCAUACGAGGCAACAUUCGUCUGAUCUAUAUACUCAGACAGAUCCUGGAGCUUCUCCAUCGAGAGGGCAUACGAGAGCGCCAAGUAAUGAAUCUAUGUCAUGGUUAGACACCAUCGACGAGUCUAGCGGUUCUACUGCUUCCUCGGUUCAUUCCAGGACAUCUUCCUUGGGAGUACGAAGGAAGCGUAUUCGAGCAGCUAGCGGUGCUACAGAGGCGGAAUUUGAUGCUGCCCUAGAUGCUGCUGUUGAGGCGGCUUACGAUGAUGGCUUUGAACCGAUGGGAGGGUCCGCAGUGAAUCGUUUUGAUUAUGAUGAUGAUGAUGAGAUUGUUGCGAACGUCCGACGAAAAGUGGAGUUGGCAAAAGAAAGGGUACGUCAAAGCGAGCGUGAAGCUGCUAUUCAGGAUGCACGGGACCGAGAACGCAAACGAUUGCUUCUACAAGAACAAGCACCACAGAAUACUUUUGAGGAUGAGUAUGACAACGAGUCCGAAGAGGAGGAGCGAAUGCUAGAGGAGAUGACUAGAGAGUAUGUGAUGGAUGAUUUUGAGUUUGGCCUGCAGUCCAAGUCGGCAUUACCUCGAGGGUCCGAUUCUAGUGAGUUUUCGGGGCGGACUUGGAACAGUUCAAUUGGAUCGAAUCCGACUACAGCCGGUACAACGCUGUCAACCGUGGCCGAAACAUCGAUACCGAAACUACCCAUACUUCAACCGUCAAAUUCAAAUUCAAAUUCUAUCCAUCCGCCCCCAGCUCAAGCAUUACCCCCACCCCCACCGCCGAAUCCCGCGCCACAGCCGAUAGCUAUCACUUCGAAAGGUGUUCGAAGUCGGCGACUUUCUGGUCAGAAUGCAAAACUUCUCAAGAUUGAGACUACCUCAAAAACGUCAAAUGGAGCUUUAACACAGCCUCCAUCAAUGCCUCCACCAAAAGUCCCUGAGAGCAGUUCCGUGCCCAUUCAACCGAAAACUGCAGGUUUUCCGCAACAGCGACCAGCCGCAGCGUCAAUUUCUGGGCGCCCACCCAUACCCCAAGUUAUUCGACAGGCUUCCUCUCCUCUCCCUGGCCCACAUCCUGCCGAUAUCCAAGCGCCCCCAACCCCUACACUCACGCAAUUCACGCAACUGACACAAACCUCCACGAAUGAGACUGAUGUCUUACCUCCCUCCCCAGCUCGUGCCCAAUCCAGAGCAGGUAUUCGUAAAAACUUUUCUUCGUCCAGUUUGAAGACUAUGAAGGGUCGGAACUUGUCGGUAUCCGUCAUUGAUGACGGGUCUGAUAUCUCACCAAACACCCCGAAUUCGAGUUUCAACUCCAGGGACAUGAAUGGCAGACUGCCUGCUGUUCCAACCUUGCCAACGCCAAUCUCAGCCGCUUUUAAGGACAAGGGAGCACCAUCGGGAGGAUUGUACUUGUUCGAUAGCGAUAUACAUUCCCCUAAUAGCCCUGGUUCACCUAAUCCUCUUAGUGCGGGUGCGCCUAUACCUUUAGAGCCCUGCCCUACCGAGUUUCUACUUCGCCCUUUCUGGCUUAUGCGAGCCCUCUACCAAACCAUCGCACAUCCUCGUGGUGGCUAUCUAUCUACCAAACUCUUCGUUCCACGUGAUGUGUGGCGAGUCAAAGGAGUCAAGCUUAGGAAUGUUGAAGACAAGAUUUUGAGUUGUGAUUACCUUACCGCGGCUCUCAUGAAACUGGCCAAGGUCGAUACAUUCGAUGCCGAUGCUGUGCUAGAGGAAAUGCAGUCGUUGGAAGGUAUCCUGGAGCAAGUUCAAGCGACGUUGACAAAGAAACUGGGCAACGAGGUUGGUGUCCAGGGGUCUGGAGGCAUGUUCAAAGAUGCACCUCCAAAUGGUGACGCGGAAACUAGUACCACAGCGCCCAAGUCCGGAAGCAUGUCGAGCAAGUCGUCUUCGUUUUCAUGGCGAAGGUUAAGGUCGAAGAAUUCGGGUGUUGGGCUAUCAAAUGCAUAUUCGAGCAAGACUACGCCCACGGAUUUGCCAAAAGAGGGUUUGACCAUGAGUACCCUACCUAUGACCACAACUUCUGUGGCAAAGGUGCGGUUCGCCAAAAGAGACGUGAGCGAGGUACAAUUCUCUGGCCCAAAUGCGAACUACAUGGGAGCGCUAGCGAGGCUCUUCGAUGCCGCGCAAACCCUAGAUCAAAUCGCACGCCAAGUCGAAGACCCAGGGUUACGUCAUGCAGACAAGACGCAAGUCGGUCUCGAGCUCUGCACCCGCCACGCCGCGGAAUUCUUUGGUUUCUACAUCUGCCGCUUCGUCCUAACCGACAUUGGGCUACUUCUGGACAAGUUCAUCAAGAGGGGGAGCGAAUGGGUGCUUGUGUGA